GGGGCUCGGUGUAGCUGGGAAGGCGACUUCUCUUCUGGUGGACAGCCUAGACUCCUACAUGUAGACAGAGAGGUCGCAGAGAAGAAACCCACCGCUUCACGUUGCUCUCAGACUCGAUGUAGCUUCACUCGACAAUGUCAAAGCUUCAUCGUUAAAAGAAAAGGAAAUUAUGACUGCAAACAUCUGGGUGCGGCAUACUCUAGGUGAAAAGGUUUCGCUCUGUCGGAGGUCGUACGCAUUUUUGCCUUUUGUAUUUCCUUGCUGAAUGUCGUGGACAUUUUGGAUUUUUUUAAUGCUCAGUGUCAUUAAGUCUUACCAAUUAAGGGGACAUUUUUCUCCUGUCUUCACGUUUCGGUUAGUUAGUUUGAGUAAGGUAAAUACUUUGUGAGUGUGAAAACAACUGGAGACGACAUCGUUAAACAAGUUGAGGACGGCUUGCAGAGGAGAAUGUGCGUACUGGGCCAGCUUCGAGUUGCUCUUUAAGGGGACAACAUUAGCUAGCUGCUAACACUAGCACACACCUAUUAAACUACAGUCAAGCAAAGCUGUGAGACUAGUGCCCACGUUUCGACAUAUUUUUUUGGGAUAGUAGCAUCCUGCCCAUAACCUGGACAUCAUUAAAUGAGACGCUGACUCGACAGUAAUCCAGAUACUGUAAACAACCUGUUGCUGUUGGUGACAUCCACUGGGAUCCAGGUGCUUGAGUCCUAAAUGACAAGUGCCUGAGGAUGUCCAAGCGGAGCUUGUUUGUUCGCCUGGUGCCGUGCCGCUGCUUGCGGGGUGAGGAGGAGGCGGUAACAUCGCUGGACUACUCCCACUGCAGCCUGGAGACUGUUCCUAAGGAGAUCUUUAGCUUUGAGAAGACCCUGCAGGAACUCUACCUCGAUGCCAACCAGAUCGAGGAGCUGCCUAAACAACUGUUUAACUGCCAGUUACUCCACCGACUGAGCAUGCCAGAUAAUGACCUAACAGUGUUGCCAACAGCGAUCGCAAACCUCAUCAAUCUUAGGGAGCUUGAUGUCAGCAAAAACAGUAUACAGGAGUUUCCAGAAAACAUCAAGAAUUGCAAAGUCCUCGCUAUUGUAGAAGCCAGUGUGAAUCCCAUAUCCAAGCUCCCAGAUGGUUUCACCCAGCUCCUGAGUCUGACGCAGCUCUACCUGAAUGAUGCCUUCCUGGAGUUCUUACCAGCCAGCUUCGGCAGGUUAACUAAACUACAGAUCUUGGAGCUGAGGGAAAACCAGUUAAAGAUGUUGCCAAAAAGCAUGCAGAAGCUCACACAGUUGGAGAGGUUGGACCUGGGGAGUAAUGAGUUCACUGAAGUGCCUGAGGUGUUGGAGCAGCUGACUGGAAUCAAGGAGCUGUGGAUAGAUGGGAACAGACUGACAUUUUUACCUGGGAUGCUUGGGAUGCUAAAACAGCUGGUAUACCUGGAUGUGUCCAAGAACAAUCUGGAGAUGGUAGACGAGCAAAUCUGUGGCUGUGAGAGUCUGCAGGAUCUUCUGCUCUCCAACAAUGCCCUCACACAGCUGCCAGGCUCCAUCGGCUCACUAAAGAAACUUACUGCACUGAAAGUGGAUGAGAACCAGCUGAUAUACUUGCCAGACUCAGUUGGAGGACUGACAUUGCUGGAUGAGCUGGACUGUAGUUUUAAUGAGAUCGAAGCCUUGCCCUCGUCCAUCGGUCAGUGUGUCAGCAUCCGCACCUUUGCUGCAGAUCACAACUUCCUUACCGUGCUUCCCCCCGAGAUGGGCAAAUGGAAGAAUGCAACUGUGCUGUUCCUACAUUCCAACAAACUGGAGUCUUUGCCUGAGGAAAUGGGUGACAUGCAGAAACUCAAGGUUAUCAAUCUCAGCAACAACAAGUUAAGGAGUCUUCCCUACAGUUUCACUAAACUGAACCAGAUGACUGCAAUGUGGCUGUCUGAAAACCAGUCAAAGCCCCUGAUCCCUCUCCAGAAGGAGGAGGAUCCAGAGACACACAAAAUUAUGCUGACCAACUACAUGUUUCCCCAGCAAACCAGAACUGAGGACUAUAUUCCCAACUCCGACUCUGAGAGCUUUAAUCCAGCUCUCUGGGAGGAGCAGCGCAAGCAUCGAGCUCAGGUUGCCUUUGAGUGUGACGAGGACAAGGACGAGAGAGAAACACCCCCAAGGGAGGGAAACCUGAAGCGCUACCCUACACCGUACCCAGACGAGCUGAAGAACAUGGUGAAGACAGCCCAGUCUGUGGCUCACAGGCUGAAGGAGGACGAGUCAAGUGACGAGUCGGGGAAAGAUGCAAAACCAAAUGAGAGGAACCACAUUGGAGUGCAGGACGUGGGAGUUAAGGUUAUUGAGCCUCCCUAUCCUAAUGGUACAGCAUCAGACAUGGACUCCCAAGUAUCUACCGACACAUUUUCCCAUAACCCAUCUGCAACAGAAACAAAAGACACUUCAGACUCUUACAGCUCUCAGAAAGUCCCAAUCAAAUCAUCAGGGGGCUCUAUGAUGAACCAUGAAGACACCCUGGAGGAUUCCGAGGAGCUGUCUGAUGAAGAGGAGGAGAUGAAAAUGGCAGAAAUGAGACCCCCUCUUAUUGAGAUCUCCAUCAACCAGCCUAAAGUAGUGACUUUAAGUAAGGACAAAAAAGAUGAUGCAGACUCUUUGCUGGACGACACAGUGGCCAACAGCAACCAGAACAACAGUAACUGUUCGUCGCCAUCACGCAUGUCUGACUCGGUGUCUCUGACUACAGACAGCAGUCAGGACAACUCUCUGUGCACCCCUGAGAGAGAGGCAAAGAUGCCCUUCCUACCAAAAGGCCGACGAGCGGAUGAGAAUAUGAACCAGCCUAAAGACACCACCCCUCUCCUCCAUAAUGGAAAUGGCUCCGAAACAUCCCUUCAGGCCCUUUUGAAAACCCAGCAGACUCCGCCAGAGAAAAUGGGCGACUACGACCUGUCCAUGGAAGCCAGACUGGCCUUCAUUGAGAAGGGAUUUAACAACGGCAUGGGCGAAACCUACACCAAGUGGGACCAGAUCAAUAUGAACGUGUCCAAGUUGCCAACCGACAACAUGGUUCAGCUGGAUGAGGGGAACCCAACCAAGAAUGGUUCAGUAACCCAGGAGGACUUGGACAGCAAGCAGGGUUUUAGCAAUGACAACAUGGAGCAUUUUCUGAAUGGAAACCAGCAGGUCAGUGACUGCAUCAAUAGUCUUGGGAACAAAACCCAAGCAAUGAGAGUAGAGACAUCUGCUGUGCAUGUGGCCUCGACAGGCGUGACAGCCAGCAGUGACAUGUCUCUGUCUCGCAGCACAGAGGAACUGUCUCCAGACAAAAGGUGCCAUCCCCAGCAGGUGGUGAAGUCUCACAGUGUCAGCAACAUAGAAACAGGAGGCUUGAAGCUGUACUCUUUUGAUGGGGAUGAAGACUCCUAUGACGCAGCAGGAAUGAUGAGGAUGGCAGGAGCCGGGCCAGGAGCUCAGGGCCAGAGCAUAGUCCGGAGCAAGUCAGCCAGUCAGUUACUCAACGACCAGACUCUCCAGAUCUACCCCGGCUCCUCUGCAUCUUCCUCAGACCUGCUCUCCUCCUCUAAGCCCCCUGCCAGCACCAGCAGAUAUGCAGUCUCCUCCAGCAUGGCCAUGGGCAUCCCUCCUCCUCAGUACAACAUACAGUACACAAGCAGUGCCAUGCCUAAAGAGGGCCUCUGGUCCCAGAGGACGCCCAUGCCCCCAGAGCACCAAGGUUACCUUCCUCCUCCUCCACCACACUCGCUUGCCAACACCAACUACUCCAACCGUAAUCAAGCACCUCCCUACCCUCUACAGCCCCAGCAGAGGGGGCCUCCCAUGGCUCCCAAACCCCCUGGGGACAUGUGGACUAAGGAGAGACUUCAUUCUACUGGAGGCCAGGCUAGAAGCAGCACUCUGCAGAGGCAAAGCAGCACCGCCUCCACAGCCUCCAUGGGUGACCCGAGGCGUAUACAGGUGCCUGACGGGGAAUACAUGACCUACAGGGACAUUCACACCCUCGGCAGGGGGCCGCUGGCAAUGAGCCAGGCCAUGCAGAGGCCCCUCUCAGCUCGCACUUACAGCAUCGACGUACCCGGAGCUUCCAGGCCUCUCGGUGCCAGGCCGCAGCCCCACGAGCUUCCAGAGAGGACCAUGUCGGUCAGCGAUUUCAACUACCAGCAAAGCAGCCCCAGCAAGAGGCACAACACCAGGGUGAAGUCUGAGCACUCACUGCUGGAUGGGCCUGGACAGGUGUCAGGAGGAGUUGGAGCAGGAAGGGUGCCAGUUGACUGGAGAGACCAGGUGAUGCGGCACAUCGAGGCCAAGAAAAUGGAAAAGAAUGUGCUGUCUCGCUCCUAUAAUUCCAAUAACGCUCCGCUGAGCUGGUCUCACUACGGCAGCUAUAGGGAUAUGCAUGCCAGCCAAGGUUCUCUGGUCUUUAGUGCCAGGGACGGACAGCCCUACGGAGCUCUGGGCUUCUGUGAUGAUGUGUUUCCCCAAGGGCAGCAGAGCUACACCAUGGACCCCCACAGAAAAGUGCCUUUGAUGAACGGUCAGAUGGGCCCUUCUGUUCGUGCUCAGGUGAGCCAGGCGCCCAUGGCCCGACACCCUUCCAGAGAGCAGCUCAUUGAUUACCUGAUGCUCAAAGUCUCCCAUCCGCCCCAGGGGCCCCCACGCAUCCCACAAGACGCACUGCAGCAAGAGAUCCGUCUGAAAGUAGAGAAGAAUCCAGAGCUGGGUUUCAGUAUAUCAGGAGGAGUGGGAGGCCGAGGAAAUCCCUUUCGUCCAGAUGACAAUGGUAUAUUUGUGACAAGGGUUCAACCUGAGGGACCGGCAUCCAUGAUUCUUCAGCCGGGAGAUAAAAUCAUCCAGGCAAAUGGCUACAGCUUUGUGAAUAUAGAUCACGGGUACGCAGUGUCCCUCCUGAAGACGUUUCUGAACACUGUGGAUUUGACUAUCAUAAGAGAAGCGCAAGCAUAGACUCAACUAAGACCUCUAAAGAAAGAGGGCCAUGAGAAAAGAGACGAACAGAGACUUUUUUUGUUGACUCUCAUAUUUUUAUACACAGAGGAGACUGACCUGUUGAUACCUGUUGGGACUAUUUAUAGUAGAGAUCUGCAUAGCCUUGAUUAAACAGGGGAAACCACUGAAUGUAGUGGAUCAAAGUGAGACGGUGGCAAACCUCUGCAAGUACGAGUCCUCAAAAGGCCAUCACUGUGGUAUAUAUAUUUUUAUACAAAAGAAGCUGAAGAUGUGAUCUGCUCUGAUGCAAAUGAUUACUGUGGUCUCUGUACAGAUCAUCUUUUUUUUUUUUUUUUUUUUUUUUUGUCCCAAACUCAUAAAUUCUUCAUUAUGAAUAGAUUUAGGUUUCAUUCCUGCAGAUUGAUGUGAAUUGACCACUUGGGGACAGGGCUCCCUCUCUCCUGUCAUUCAAUUAGCCUGUUUUUAUUCUUUUGUCCACAUGUUAUUUUAGAUGUUGAAACCUUUUUCUGGUCUGCCGUGCGUUCAUAUAUGGAGGACAAUGUUACGUGCUUUUCAUGUGGAGACGAAUGUAGGUCAAGGAGGGGUCUGAUUUUGUUUUUUAGAGAGGGUUUUUAUUAUUUUUAUUUUUUUUUCUCUCGCAAGAUCGAAGAGUUGAGAACAGGAAGUCAUCCAGCCCUGCUUCCAUAAACCUGUGAGCACCCUCCAGCGUACAGACACUUCUGUUCUCAGUUCCAUCCUCACAGCGACUGCUCUGCAUAUCACCCAAUGAAUCUCAGCUUCUCAGAUGUUGGGGGGGGGGGGGAUAAAAAGUAGUCUGCGUGUGGUCAUUUUAAUAAGACUGGAAAAUGGAAAAGGAAAUUUAAAUAUUGGCGAAACGGGAGAGGAGAGGUUAUUCGCUCUCAGGCGACGUGCGAGAGGAGAAUAUUGACGCACGAGCAAUAAGAGCGGUAGCUAUCGAUCCUCUCCGCUACUCCAAUCCUUUUUUUUCCCCUGCGCUGUAUUUCCAAAAAUGUCAAAACUAUUCUUUUAAGCGGAGAAAGACAUGGCGGUUAUGCUAGUUAACCAAAGCAAGUUUGGAAAUUUGUGGACAGAAGGCAAAAGCAGCAGACAACUUAAGAAAGCUAUUUGGAAAAAGAACAGGUCAACGUUUCACUCAUAAGGUUUUAUUUUUUUAAGGGCUUCAUCUUUCAGGCAGACAUUGGUGAGAUAAGUGUUUGUUUUGCAGGGGGUUUCAACAUCUGUCAGUUCUAUUUUUUUUUUUACAUGGGAGAAGACCACAGUUUGCCUUUUUGUGUCUAAAAAUGUUUUAUCAUGCUUUUUACUUUGGAUCACUUUGGAGCAGUUUUUUUUUCUUUUUCUUUGCUGUACAGAGAGUAGAGUUGGGAGAAACAAGUUGUCAAGUGCCAUAGACCUUGAACUGUUUGAAUAGGGGAGGAGCUUUGACCCCAGAACCCAAGCAAUAUUCACAUGUUCACAUCCUUCGGAGUACUUUUGCAGCAUAAUGGCUUAAAAGCAAUAUUUUAAAGCCUUCAUUUUCAUUCAAAAACAACAACAUUGGAUAGCAUUUUUUUUUUUUUUUUAAACACAAUCUUUUAGUAAUCACCGAUGAUUUUACAUGAAUUUUAUAUUGUGAAGAAGAAUCUUUUUUUGUAAUGAAAUAGCACAGGAAAUGUAUAUACAGCAUUGCUUAAACAAAAGAUUUCUCUGCAUUGUGUAUAACUGAAUGUUUGUGUCACUUUGCCUAAGAAGAGCUUUUUACCGUUUGUUGCUUAGAUUACCAUAACUCCUGAUGUUUGUUUGUGCAAAAUCGACUUGCAUCACCGUUGAAAAUCCAGUCAAAGCUGCAUCUCAGAACAUUCCUUUGUCAGUGUCCGAAGGAAAGCUGUUUUUAAAGGCAACAUGUCACUCUGUGCACCGCUCUGUUAAUAUUCAUUCACUGGUAAAAACUCUUUAUUGAGACGUGUUUCCAAAAGAAAUGGAAAUGAUCAACAAAGUGAGUAAAGGCCCGAUAAAUUCCAACAAUACAUUUGUGACCACUGAAUUGUUUGUAAUCGAAUGUCAUCCUACAGUGUUUCAGCAAAUGGCAUUCCCUCAGCUUGUUUACAGUGGAUUGUGUCAUCUACUGUUCCCAUAUGUAGUUAAGAUUGACCCAUAUGUUAUGCUACCAAAAUAAAAACACUGUGGUAAAUUAACUAAAUUAAAUACCCCUUUUAAUAAUAACAGUCGCACUGUUUUAAGGUAGCUGUUCUUAGUGAAGCUGUACACUUCAUUUUUUUAAACUCAAUCUAAAGUUGGUAAUUUUAUUUACAAGUAAAUGACAAUAACAUGCAUUUCCCAAAUUUCUCACAGAACGUAGUGUUUUACACAUGAACUGUUUAUAUUAUUUCUAUUAAUUUUGUUGGUGAUUUCUGUUUACUUUUUAAGAGUGUGGGGGGGGGGGGGAUUUCUGCGGUAAGUCACUUUAUAUUCAUGGUAAAAAAAAUGUACAUCGUCUGACAUUGUAGACAAUCUAGGGAGAUAAAACAUGUAGUCUCAUUUUCUUCAUUCAUGUCCGGUCGGUUUCAUAUGCUCCCAUAUUCUUAUUUAUUUAGUAGUCUGUGGUUUUUAGACCUUACUAAUCAAAUUGUAAAUACUCUUAAAAAAUUGAGAAAAGAAUUAAUGACGGCAUUAGUGACUUGCGAUUGUAAAACCAGCAAUAAAUUGCAAUGCAGAGGCACUCAUUUUAAUGUAUAGCUAGUAUUUCUAAGGUUUCUUCUGGAAACGGCCACAGUGAGAUGAUGAUUGAUAUGCAUUUAUCCAACAUUCCAGAUUUUGUACAUAAUACAUACCUGUUUCUGAAGUAACCUGUGGAAAAUAAACUAAUGCUCUUUAGCAA